AUAUGUGUUAGCUUUUUUAGUGGCUGUGAAUGUAAAGAUAAAAAUGGGAAGCUCUAGUUCAAGUAAGGAUGAUUUUUCAGUGUUGGUGUUAGCAUCGGAUCUUGGUAUUGAUGCCCGACCCUUUUUAACCCAUCAUCAAGAACAACCCGAACCCGAACCCGAAGAAAGUUGGCAUGAUUGCCCUUCUCACCUUCCUUGUACUGAGGAUCAAGAUUUUGCUCAUCUUGAUUUCCUCCAAUUCUUUCGCCUUCAACCCGGUUCUGAUAAGUCGGGUAAUCGGAUCUUUCGGAUUGUUGGAAAAUACUUUCCCGCUCUAGUUAUAAGUGCUGAGCGGCUGAAAAAGUAUGUCUUCAACAAAAUUAGCGCGGAGCUGCCUGAGGGGCCAUUCUGCAUUGUCUACAUGCAUAGUACUGUUCAGACGGAGGAUAACAACCCUGGAUUGACCAUCUUGAGGUGGAUAUACGAAGAUCUGCCUUCUGACCAUAAGGACAGACUUCAGGCAGUAUAUUUUGUGCAUCCUGGGAUCCGGUCAAGGCUUGUUCUUGCAACGCUAGGCAGAUUUUUCCUAAGUGGAGGCUUGUAUUGGAAAAUAAAGUAUGUUAGUCGCCUGCAAUACCUUUGGGACGACAUGAAGAAAGGAGAGCUUGAGAUUCCUGAAUUUGUUCAAAAGCAUGAUGACAUUCUAGAGCACAGGCCACUGACUGAUUAUGGAAUUGAACCCGAUCCCCUCCACCUGUCGCAGAUGCCACCGACAGCCUAUUCGUUCGGGAGACAUGAUUCUGGAUGGUCAUCUAGAGAGUACAUGUCUUAGAAAAACUGCUAAAUUCUGUACAGCAUGGUAACUUAUGUACCAAAUCUAAGGGUUUUUUUUUUUGUUUGGGUUUAGUGAUGUUUCUACAACUAAUAUGAGCUUUGCCCUAAGCUUUCUUCUGUUUCUCUCAAGUUCAACAUUUGUGUUACCAUAAAUUGGUACUCCAUAAGUGAUCUUUAUCAGAAUAUAGAAAGUGAAGGAAAGCUGCCCUCUUUCUAAA